CCUCCACGAAAGCGCACUGCUCUGAUCGGCGAACUUCUAGAAGUCCCCCUCCCUCCCUCCCUCGGUCUCGGCGCGGGCCCGUUGAUUCCUGCGCCCUCGGGGCUCGGGAGGACAGGAGGAGAGGAGAGGACCGGCGAGCGUGGUGGAGACUGGAGAGGGAGGAAAGAAAAUUCCAGUCCAACUCAUAGCGCCAGCUCCCUCCCUUCGCCUUUUCUUCUUCUUCUUCGCCGGCGGCCCUGGCCAGGCUAGUCUUGCCGCCUGUGCGCUACGAAUCGCAGCUCCCGGGGGCUCCUGCCUUCUUGCGUAUCCUACAAACAGAAGCUUGCAAGCUGAUAGUGAAGGGGACAUACCAUAACUCCAGGAAUAAGAAGGGUUGAGCGGCGCUGGUAGUGAAAGAAACCAUGUUUAGGAGAAGGCACACCUCUCAUUUCGAUUCUACUGAUGCAGAUCAGCGAAAAGCAAAGAUCAAUGAACUGAAAGAUGCACUUGGGCCUUUGUCUGCCCGCGGUGAGAAGUACUGCACUGUAGCAUGCUUGGCAAGAUAUCUAGAAGCCCGCAACUGGAAUGUUGCCAAGGCUAGAAAAAUGUUGGAAGAAAGUCUCAAGUGGAGGGCAGCUUACAGGCCGGAAGAUAUUCGCUGGCCUGAAGUUUCUGUUGAAGCGGAAACAGGUAAAAUGUACAGGGCAAGUUUUCAAGAUAGAGAGCGGCGAACUGUUAUUGUUAUGGCACCGGCAAAGCAGAAUACAUCGGUUCAUGAAGGGCAGAUACGGUUCCUUGUAUAUACUUUAGAGAAUGCUGUCCUGAACCUGCCUGAAGGUCAAGAGAAAAUGGUCUGGCUGAUAGACUUCACAGGAUGGACAAUGGCAAAUGCUGUUCCUAUAAAGACUGCCCGAGAAACUGCAAAUAUCCUGCAAAAUCAUUACCCUGAGAGGCUGGCCGUUGCACUUCUAUUUAAUCCCCCGAAAGUAUUCGAAGCGUUUUGGAAGGUUAUCAAGUAUUUCCUUGACCCAAGAUCGAUCGAGAAGGUGAAGUUCGUGUACCUGAAGGAUGAGGAGAGCAUGAAGGUCAUGCACAAGUACAUUGACCCAAAAGUCCUUCCUGUUGAGUUUGGGGGCAAGAACGAUGUGGUUUACAACCAUGAGGAGUACUCUGAGUUGAUGACAAAAGAUGACAUCAAAACUGCUAACAUUUGGGCAGAAGAUGCAAAAACUGACCAUGCUAACGAUGUCAUCAGUGGGCCCUUGGUUCCUGAGGUCACCCCUCUGCCGUCACUAAUUACUACUUAAGCCAGUUAUGGAGUAUCAAGCCCUCCUAAGAUAAGAGUUAUUUCGUAUAGCUUUCAAGGAAGGAAAAUAGACAGGUAGUGGGGUGUUGAGUUAUUGACAGUCAAACAGAAAUGAAUGAAUAACAAAUAAUGUAUUACUUGUUCAUACUCAGACCUGUUCAUGUAAUCAAACGGUACAUCCAGAGUCCAGACGUUGUACUUCAAGAGAAUUUCAUCAUUGGUAAUUGGGUGUCAGUCAGACCCCCAACCCAAAGGAAUGAAGGGUAUAAUAUUUCGGCAAA